AUGCCUCGGGUGAAGUUCCUCCAGCUCCUCGCUUGCUCCGUGCUGGUAGUUUGCUCCAGCUUGGCGAAAGGGGAGCCCGCAGCCUUGGCGAGGGAGCAAGUGCACUACCUUUUGAAAAAGGGGAUCUUUAUUAUCCAAAGUGACAACCACAAUGCAUGCAUUAAAGCUGACACAUCCCAGCUCAUCCUUGAAGACUGCAGUCAAACUUCCAAAUACAUGCAGUGGAAAUGGGGUUCUAAGCAACAGCUUUUCAACAUAGGAGUAAGUGCUUGCCUAGCACUGAACAUCAAGAACCAGGAGCAGCCAUUAACCAUGGCUGAGUGCGAUUCGGUUCAACAUUCACUGUGGUGGAGCUGCCAUGGAAUGGAGUUGAUUGGUGAAUCACAAUACAAAGUAGCUGUUGAAAGUGGAAAGUUUGUUGUGGCAAAAAGAAAUUCCAGCGAUGGAUGGAUACAGUUCAUGUCACAUGGUGGAGAUCUUUGUGAACAAGCAUUUCAAGAAACAUAUACUCUGUUGGGAAAUUCUCAUGGUUUGCCUUGUGUUUUUCCGUUUAAAUUCAACAACAAAUGGCACUAUGACUGUAUCAGAGAUUCCAGAGAAGAUGGCUAUCCCUGGUGUGCCACAACAAGCCAGUACGAGCGAGAUGAAAAAUGGGGACUUUGUCCAAGCUCUGAGACUGGCUGUGACAUAUUUUGGAAGAUGAACACAGACACUCAGACUUGUUACCAGUUCAGUCUUCUUUCUGUUCUCUCUUGGAACGAGGCACGUGCGGCAUGUCAGGGACAAGGAGCAGACCUGCUCAGCAUCACAGAUGUGUCAGAACAGAAGUUUAUUGUUGGUCUAAGUGAGCAGCUGAACACAAACCGGGCCCUUCUAUGGACAGGCCUCAACCAGUUGGACGAAUCUGCUGGCUGGCAGUGGUCGGAUGGAGCACCGUUGGCAUUGGUGAACUGGAGAGCAGAUCCGGCUGACCAUUCUCUUGGCCAACAUCACUGUAAAGCAUUUAACCCAGAAGUGCAGCAUGACUGGCAAAGUUACUCAUGUGAAUCUAGAUUACCGUAUGUGUGCAAGAAGUAUUUAAAUGCUACUCGUCAUGAAGCAUUGGACCCCUGGAAAUUUUAUCCCACUGACUGUGAUCCUGGUUGGUAUCCACAUAAUCGCUACUGCUACAAACUACAUAAAGAGGAGAAGAACUGGAAUGAAUCUUCACUCAGCUGCCAGGAUGAUAAUAGCAUGCUCAUUAGCAUAACCUCUUUGGCUGAUACAGAGAUGCUAAUUAACCUCCUUAAACAUGAAAAUGUGACAGAAACUUGGAUCGGACUGAGCAGUCAUAAGACCCCACUUGAAUUUUCAUGGUCUGAUGGGUCUCCAGUAACCGUCACUUACUGGCAUAAACAAGAGCCAAAUGUCCAUCCGAGAAAAAGCCAGCUUUGUGUUUCAGCUCAGCAGAGUGAGGGUCGCUGGAAAGUUAAAAGUUGCUCAGACAGAUAUUUUUAUAUUUGUAAAAGAGAAGGAAUUGUUGGGAAUCUAACUUCUGAAGUGGCAUCAGGCUGUCCGGAGGGAUGGGAAAAAUAUGGUGGAUAUUGUUACAGUGUCGACGUAGUCCCUCGAAGCUUUGGACAUGCAUCCAGUGGCUAUUACUGUCCCUCGCUUACAACAUCAAUGAACAGGUUUGAACAAAGUUUUCUCAACAGUUUGAUUCACCACACAGUGAAAACAGAUAACCCCUAUUUUUGGAUAGCGCUACAAGAUCUGAACAAUGCAGGAGAAUACGCUUGGCUAACUGAAGAGGGACCCCAGCCCCUUGAGGCCUACAGCAACUGGGGGAAGCAUCAGCCCAGACAUUCUGGAGGGUGUGUUGUUAUGCGACAGGAGAAGCCCCUUGGUGUUUGGGAAGUGAAAAACUGUUCGAGAUUCAAAGCUAUGGCAUUGUGCAAGCAAGAAGCCCAUUUCCAUGGAGAAAAUGAGCCUAAUGAAGAACGACACUUUCAAAAACCUUUUCAUUCUUGCAUGCCUGGAUGGGAAUCAGACCAUAAUCUGCUCAGCUGCUACAAGGUAUUUCACAGUGAAAAAGUUCUGAUGAAAAGAUCUUGGGAUGAAGCAGAAACUUUGUGUCAAGAUUUUGGAGCACAUCUUGUCAGUUUCACACAUUCCUUUGAGGAGGAUUUCUUGAACAAACUUCUGAGUACAAUGUUUCAUCAUGAUGAAGAAAGACAAUUCUGGAUUGGACUUAACAAAAGGAACCCAUUAUCUGGAGGAUCAUGGGAAUGGUCUGAUGGGACCUCCGUAGCAUCUGCCUUUUUAGAGAAAACUUAUUUUGAAGAUAAUGUGAGGAACUGUGCUGCAUACAAAACAAACGGAACAGUCCUGCCUCUACACUGCAGUUCAGAGCGCGAAUGGAUAUGCGAGAUACCAAGAGGUGUGAAACCCAAGAUUCCACAGUGGUUCAUCAAAGAGCCAUCAUGGUUUUAUUAUCAAGGCGCAGAAUACCUUUUUUAUGACAGUGCCUCAGACUGGUUUGCUUUCCAGUUCGUUUGCGGCUGGCUCCGUGGUGACAUAAUAUCUAUACACUCCUCUAAAGAACAAGAAUUUAUUCAGAACAGAUUAAAAAAGGUAUCAAAAUCUUAUAACAAUUGGUGGAUUGCACUGCACUCAAAAGUAUCUAGUGAAGGAUUUCGGUGGGCAGAUAAUUCACCAUUAUUAUAUCAGAACUGGGAAGGUGGUGAAGAGAGACCGAUGCUGACUCAGGGAGAAAAAUGUGGCUUCAUUUCUGCUAAAACAGGGCUUUGGGGCUUAGCGAAUUGUACCCUUUCUCUUCCUUGCAUCUGCAAACGUAAAGAGAUAUGGAUUGUUGAGAAAAAAAUGCCAAAAGAGCAGAACCAUCAUGGAUUAUGUCCCAAAGGAUGGCUGUACUUUUCAUUCAAGUGUUUUCUACUGCAGAUUCCAAAGGAUCCAAGACACCUGAAAAGCUGGCAUUCUGCCCAGACUUUCUGCAAGAGCUAUAAUGGCUCACUUGCUUCAAUUGAAAAUGAAGUUGAACAAGCUUUCAUCACGAUGAAUUUGCUUGGCCAUAAAUCUAGUGUGUGGAUUAGUCUGCUGAGUAAUGAUGAUGAAAAAUGGGUUAACGGCCAGGGAGUGGAAUAUUCCAACUGGUCUCCAGUAGGAGUAAUGCAGAAUCGCCAUGAUUACAGUGCUGCUACAGAAGAAAAAGCUCAGUUGUGUACCCUAAUAUUGAAUAACCCUAGUUUGGGUUUAAUGGGGAAAUGGUACCUAGAAGACUGUGAAAAGCAUUAUGGAUUUGUCUGCCAGAAGGCUCAAGAUGCAUCCAAACAUGGAACAGACCCUUCAGUGAUGUACCCAACACCAGAUAUCUUGGAAUAUGCAAACAGGACGUACACAUUAAUCACUGGCAGUAUGACUUGGUUUAUGGCUUUAGAAACCUGCAAGGAAAAGGGGGCUGAAUUGGUUCGCAUUGCAGACCAUUUUCACCAAGCCUUUCUAACUGUAAUCGUAAAUCGAUUGGGCUACGCUCACUGGAUUGGAUUGUUCACUUCAGAUAAUGGUCUCAGCUUUGAGUGGUCAGAUGGAACCAAGCCUUUUCUUACAUUCUGGAGAGAUGAGGAAUCACAGACCUCAGGAAAGUGUGUUUACAUGGAUAUUAGUGGACGCUGGAGAAGUACUGGCUGUGAGACACUUUUGAAUGGAGCCAUUUGUUACAUCUCACCCAAGACAAAAGCAAAGGAAUACAAAGGAUUGUGUGAAGAGAAGCCAGUCCCUUGGAUAAAAUUUGAAAGCACUUGCUACAGCUUUUCCACAGUUUUAGAGAAACUGAACUUUUAUGAAGCAUUUGAAUUUUGCAAAAAGCAAGGUUCUAAUCUUCUGACUAUUAAAGAUGAAGAUGAAAAUGCCUUUCUUCUGGAAGAACUACAUUAUUUUGGGUCCUUGGUUGAAAUGGUUUGGCUGAAUAUCCAGUCUCUCAGUGAUAGUAAUACCACAUUUUGGUCUGAUGGUUCUCCCAUUCAUUAUUCAAACUGGCAUGUUAACCGGGACACAGAACUAGGUCAAAUGAAGGGGAAUGUUUGCAUUGCCUUGAGGACCGUAGACGGCAUCUGGCAAUUAUCAGCCUGCCAAGAAAGAAGAGGAUUUGUAUGCAAAACCAAAUUAGGUACGAAUCUAUGUUAAAAACAACAUGAACAGCAUUGUGUGCUAGUUUACUAUUUAUCAUCUAACUUUCCUCAUUCUCUUUCUAUAAUCA